AUUAAAGGAUUACAGAGGCAUCCGAGAUAUGGAGCUCGAGUAAAACAUCGUGCAUACAGAAAUAUGUAUGAUGCUCUUGAUAGGACUCUACAACAGGAGGGUUUGCACGGCCAUAUAAGGGCAUUGUGCCAUCAAUUGUCUGCACCUGUUAGUGCUGUUAUAUUUGUGUCAUUCAAGUAUACACCCGACUAG